GCAGCAGCUCAGGGACCGGUAUGAGGAGGAGCGACAAGCAUCGAUGAAGGAGGCAGAGCAGCGCAAGCAAGAGAUGCAGAGCCAGGCACAAGCGAUGCCUGCUCUCCCAGAGAAGCGCAAGUCUCGGCGUCUGCGUGCAGGCGAUGAUGGCGUUGAGCUGCUGGGGACGAUCGAGGAGGUGGAGGAUGCAGCGAAAUUGCAGGCGAGACACGAAGACGACGACGACGAGGACGACUAAAGACUACUGCUACAUAUUACUCUCUAUUAAGCUAUGGAUGACUUUGUGCUGGAGUCACCGCUGCUCAAGCUACCACUUGAAGCGCUCAAGACAAGCCUCAAGCAGCAGCAGAAGCUCGUUGAGCGCGACACGGCCUGGUUGACGCAACAAGCUGCUGAGCCAUGCACACCUGCAACGCUCGAUAAGAUGGUCACGCGCCUAGAACAGCUGAAGCAGAAGCUUGUUGAUAUGAAACAGGAAGACGGCGCACGUAUUGCACAGAGCCGCGCACGCUUAGCGCAUCUUGAGCAACCACCUGAUGUGCUGGCCUCGCAACGACUCGAUCGACUUGUUGCUGAUUAUAUGCUACGACGCGGUUGUUUGCAAGGCAGCACGCACUAUGCGCAGCGUCAUAACGUGACUCCGUUGAUCGACGCGGAUGUCUUUGCAAGAGUCGCAGAAGUCGCUUCAGCGUUACGUGGCGGACAUGCAGCAGCCUGCUUGAGUUGGUGCAACGACCACAAGACAACGCUUCGCAAGCGGGGUAGUACACUUGAGUUUUCACUAAGACGACAAGAGUUUGUUGAGUUAUGUCGCGUUGGUGCGUAUGCCCAAGCGAUUGAGUAUGCACGCAAGCACUUCCCGCCUCAUCGGAGCGUGCAUGGUAGUCAGAUCAAUGCCGUUUGUGCAUUGCUCUGUCACCGACCUGACACGACACUGGAGCCUUACCGGACACUCUAUGCUGCUGAUCAGUGGCAUGUCCUGGCUGCGCUAUUUGUGCAAACCCACCACGACCUCUACAACAUCCCCGUGCAUGCACCCCUAGAAAUUGCCCUGUCAUCAGGUAUGGCAGCCCUCAAGACGCCAGCAUGUGCAGAAGCCCUGAAACACCACAAGACACAGCCCUUGACCUUGGAUACCUGGCUGGUUGAUGCAGGACAAGCCCAAGGCAACCCAAAGACGAAUACGCGACACGUCUGUCCGAUUUGUUCACCUGAGCUGCUGCAACUGUCUGCUUCUGUACCCAUUGCAAAAGCAGCACGCUCGCAUCUCGUGGAUGUAUUGGAUCCAGAAGGUGUGCUGGAGGGUGAGAAUGUGCCUGUGGUGUUGCCCAGUGGUCGCUUGUAUGGCCUCCAGAGUCUACGUGCAUACUGUACACGUCAUGGGAUUGCUGCAGAUAAGGUUGUGGAUCCCGCCACGGGGGAGACAUUCGAUGCUGCGACUGUCAGAAAGGCAUUUGUCUUGUAAAUCACUUGACAUCCUUUGUUUCUUCCUUAUUGCGCACGGUGAAGACAUACCAGCGUGCUUCCCUCUCUUCACCUGCACCACCCGUAAACGCACCCGUCUUGCCUGGUCUUGGGUCACCACUCGUUCGACGGUGUUCAUACCCUGGAAACGCGGCACCGACAAAUUGACCACUACG